ACGAUAUAAUACUACAAGAUAAGGAAACUUCUCAUUGGAGAAGGGAUUAUAAUGCCAUUGGAGAAACUACAUAUACAAAAGAAAAGGAAGAAAUCAACAAAAGGGAUAUGCCUUUUUGAUAUAUAUUGUACUUGGAAAUCCAUGUCAACGUGUCACAAAACAGAGUGCAGGGAAAACCACAUGAGCGGCAUAUUCAAUUUCUCCGAUGCCUUAUUGAUAAGGCAUUUAAAAUAUUCUAUGACAUCCACUAAAGCAACCGAAAGAGAGUAAUUCUAAAACUCAUGUGAAAGCAAAAGUUAGACAUUAUUCUCCUCAUUUUUCAGCUUUCCUUUCUCUAUUUACGUGGCCUUUAUGCCAACCUCCUACUACUGUUCCCUCUCAAUCUUCUUGAAAGUUUCCAAGGCACAACAGGAAUGGAUUUUAACGAAAACCGUCCAAUCGUCUGUGACAAUGGAACAGGCUCUGUCAAGGCUGGGUUUGCUGGUGACGAUGCUCCAUGUGUACUUUUUCCUAGCAUAAUAGGCCGGCCACGAAACAGGCAUGCUAUGAUUGGCAUUGAACAAAAUGAUGUCUACUAUGGAGAUGAAGCACAAGCAAGGCGUGGGAUCCUCAGUUUAAGCUAUCCCAUUGAGCAUGGAAUAGUGAGAGACUGGGAAGCUAUGGAGAGACUCUGGGAGCAUACAUUUGACAAGGAGCUCAGGGUCAACAUAGAAGAACACGCUGUCCUCUUAACGGAAUCCCCGCUGAAUCCCAAAUCUAACAGAGAGAAGAUGGUGGAGAUCAUGUUUGAAGGUUUUGAAAUCCCAGCCACGUAUAUAGCCAUUCAAGCUGUGCUCUCCCUGUAUGCCAGUGGCCGAACCACAGGAAUUGUCAUGGAUUCUGGAGAAGGAGUCACACAUGUAGUCCCAAUCUAUGAGGGCUAUGCACUUCCCCAUGCCAUCCACCGGCUUGAUUUAGCUGGCAAAGACCUUACAGACUACCUCACCAAGAUCCUAACAGAAGAAGGAUACAUAUUCACAACAUCAGCGGAAAGAGAAAUUGUCAGGGACAUAAAGGAGCGACUUUCUUAUGUUGCAAUGGAUUUUGAAAAAGAACUUGGUGUGUCAAGGCCGGAGAGCUUCGAGCUGGACAAGCAAUAUGAAUUGCCUGAUGGGGAAGUUAUAACGGUUGGAGCGGGGCGGUUCAAGUGCCCGGAAGCCCUGUUUAAUCCAAGAAUGGUGGGAAUGGAGUCCAGCGGUGUCCAUGAGAUUGUGCUUAAGUCUAUCAGAAGGUGCGAUAUGGACAUCAGGAGAGAGAUGUUUGGUAAUGUGGUACUUAGUGGGGGCACCACUGUGAUACCAGGCCUCGCUGAUAGGUUGGCCAAAGAGCUGACCUCACUGGCACCUCCCGGAGUAAGGGUGAAGGUGGUUGCACCACCAGAAAGAAAGUACAGUGUUUGGAUUGGUGGCUCCAUUCUGGCUUCAUUAAGCACUUUUCAGCAGAUGUGGAUAACCAAAGAAGACUACAUGGAGUCAGGUCCUUCUAUUGUCCACAUGAAAUGCAUUUGAAUAUAAAGUUAUACUGCGUUCUCUCUCUCUCUCCCUCCCUCAAUGUACUCAAAAUUUUUUUUUUCCUGUCAAUAAAGAAGCUGAACAGUACUUAGACUAUUUAUAUAUUUUAAGUGGGGUAAUAGUAAGGAGGGCGGACAAUUUUAUAAAUAACUUGCAAAUUUGAUAGGGACUAAUAUAAAAUUAGUGUAUUAGAGUUAAAAAGAUUUAAUCUGUUUAAUUAAACGGGUUGAGUUAUAAUUGACCUUAACCCACAAAUUUGAUACGAAAUUUAAUAGGUUAAGAUAAUGAAUUUGAUAUAUUUAAUUAAAUAAGUGAAAUUAAAAUUAAGUUAUAUACCUUAUACUUUUGGUAUCAUUCCCAAAACAAGAAAAAUGAACCCAAGCAUGAAGCAGCCCAAGAAAUAAAUAAGUAAAAAAUAAGAUAAAGGUGGUUUGGUUGGUAGCAGGCAUUAGUUGACUUUAUAAGGCUACAUGUCAGUGACCCAGAGUUUUACAACAACCGGUGCCUUGUAUAGUUGUAUUGGAUCUUGAUCGAAAAGUUUUGCAACAACCAUGGUUUCUGCAUCAGAGAUCGUCGCCAAGUUGAAUCUGACGCCCCACCCAGAAGGUGGGUUUUACUAC